AUGGAUCUCAGCUCUGACAGGCCAGCCGGCGACGGCGGCUCGCUGCCUGCAGUUGGCUGGGGAGGCAUUGCCAGCAGCAGCGGCAACAGCAGCAGCAGCAGCCCAGCAGCAGCAGCAGCAGCAGCAGGAGGCCUCGGCUACCCGCUGAUCCCAGGCCAGAACCCCGCCUUUGGCUGCCCCGUGUCUUCGGGAGGCCCCCCCCUGGGGGCCCCCCUGGGGUACUCCCCGCUGCAGCAGCAGCAGCAGCAGCUGCAGCAGCAGCAGCUGCAGCAACAGCAAGGGUACCAGGGCUGGCUCGGCAGCAGCGCUCCUGCAGGGCAGCUGGGCCCGGGCAUGGGGACCCCCGUGGGGGCCCCCGGGGGGCCUCCGGGGGCCCCCGGGGCCCCCGAUGGGGGCCCCCUGGGGCCCCCCUGUCCCCGCACAAUGAGGCUGGAGCUGCAGCAGCUGCUGUCCCCUGAAGACCGGCAGACGCUGCAGCAAAUAGCAGCAAGAGCUCGCGCAAGUGCAGCAGCAGCAACUCUGGGUCUUGGGGCUUUGGCUCUGAGCGCCUUCAAGAAAAGAAGCUUUCGCUACCCCAUAUUUGGGGCCUGCGUCGUUGGCUUGACUGUGGGGCCCCCCGUGGGCUUUGCGGGAUAUAUGGCCCUGAACUACUCCAAAGUGCAGCACAUGGAAAGCAAAUUUAGGGAAGCUCAGGCUCUCUUCGAGGCGCGCAGAAGGGGAUUUGAAGCACCUGUGCCAGGCAGCUUUGGGGCUGCUGCUUACCCAGGGGGCCCCAUGGGGGCCCCUCAGGGCUGGCGACCGCAAGACGGAGCAGCAGCAGCAGCAGCAGGCUGGGGGGCGCAGCCGCCUCUGGGAUCCUCGGGGGCCCCCCCACCUGAUGAGCUGCUGAAGGAAUAA